GUCAGACAGAAGGAUCGAGUUUGCUGGCGUCUUCUUGGACUGCUGGCAACUGACGGAAUGCAUGUCAACUGAACGUGAACGAACGAACCGAUUGCGAGCAACGGGCUAACAAUUCAACAGCUUCCAACGCCUCCUAGAACCAACCCAAAAACCCUUCCAAAAAUCACGACCAACAUCGGAUCCGGAGCAGUUGCGCUACUUUCAAAACCUUUUUCCCUUUUCAAUUAACUGUAUUUGCACUUGCAACGAUUAUCAUUGCCAAUGACUCAUCGUGACACUUUCUUCUGACUUUGCGCGUUUCUGUUUUCGCCUACGCUAGGUCCGCACCAUCGACGCCGGAAGUGGUACACCAAACCCCACCCUUUCCGCCCAGGCCGACCCGAAGCGGAGCAACUCGUCGCCGUUGGAGCGAGCGCGGAGCGAAUAAAUAUUAUGACAGAGGGCACCGCGGUGACGGUUGGAUGUUUGGAUAAUACGCUGGACGUUGUCGGUGGUCAGAACGAGCAGGAGCAGGAGCAGGGCACGGUCGGGGUCCGCCUAGAGGUAUCGAGUGCAGCACCAGCGGAAGAACAGCAGGGAGUGCCGGAGGGUUCCGCCGAGCAACUACUAGUCGCCAUCGGUCAGGAGGAGGAACAGCGGACGACGCCACAACGGACGGUAGCGGCCACCAUGUCACAGAGCAGCAGCAAACAGGUCACGAAAGCGGAAAAGCCCCUCCCGGAGCGCGGCUCGUGGGGAUCGAAGCUCGACUUUAUCCUCUCGGUCGUGGGGCUGGCGAUCGGGUUGGGCAACGUGUGGCGUUUCCCGUACCUGUGCUACAAGAAUGGCGGCGGCGCCUUCCUUAUUCCGUACUUUGUCACACUCUUCCUCGCCGGCAUACCGAUGUUCUUCAUGGAGCUGGCCCUCGGGCAGAUGUUGACCAUCGGUGGGCUGGGUGUGUUUAAGAUUGCACCGAUCUUUAAAGGUAUCGGUUAUGCCGCCGCAGUGAUGUCGUGCUGGAUGAACGUGUACUACAUCGUCAUCCUAGCGUGGGCCAUAUUUUACUUCUUCAUGUCGUUACGAGCAGAUGUACCCUGGCGUACGUGCGACAACGCGUGGAACUCGAUCAACUGCGUCAACCCGUACGACCGCAAGGAUCUGCUGUGCUGGGAGUCGCUCGGCCUGAACGGUACCGUCACGAAGAUCUGCUCGCUCAACUCGAACAACGUGUCCAUCAACGAUCUGGCCGAUCCGGUGAAGGAGUUCUGGGAGCGCCGCACGCUGAUGAUCUCGAGCGGUAUCGAUCAGGUGGGAUCGAUCCGCUGGGAGCUGGCCGGAACGUUGCUGCUGGUGUGGAUCCUGUGCUACUUCUGCAUCUGGAAGGGCGUCAAAUGGACCGGCAAGGUCGUGUACUUCACCGCCCUGUUCCCGUACUUCCUGCUGACGAUCCUGCUGAUCCGUGGCAUCACGCUGCCCGGUGCCUUCGAGGGCAUCAAGUUCUACGUUAGUCCAAACCUGUCCAAGCUGGCGGAAUCGGAAGUAUGGAUAGAUGCAGUGACGCAGAUCUUCUUCUCGUACGGUCUCGGUCUGGGAACGCUGGUUGCCCUCGGAAGCUACAACAAGUUCAACAAUAACGUCUACAAAGAUGCCCUGAUUGUGUGUACCGUCAACUCGAGUACCAGUAUGUUCGCCGGGUUUGUGAUCUUCUCCGUCGUCGGCUUUAUGGCGCACGAGCAGCAACGGCCCGUGGCCGAGGUGGCCGCCUCCGGGCCCGGUCUCGCCUUCCUCGCGUACCCAUCGGCCGUCCUGCAGCUCCCGGGCGCUCCGCUCUGGUCGUGUCUGUUCUUCUUCAUGCUGCUACUUAUCGGUCUCGACUCGCAGUUCUGCACGAUGGAGGGCUUCAUCACGGCCGUCAUCGACGAGUGGCCACAUCUGCUGCGCAAGCGCAAGGAAAUCUUCAUCGCCGUCGUCUGCAUGAUUAGCUAUCUCGUCGGGUUGACCUGCAUCACGGAGGGUGGUAUGUACGUGUUCCAGAUACUCGACUCGUACGCGGUCAGCGGUUUCUGUCUGCUGUUCCUGAUGUUCUUCGAGUGCGUGUCGAUCUCGUGGGCGUACGGUGUGGACCGUUUCUACGACGGCAUCAAGGACAUGAUCGGCUACUACCCGCUCGCCUGGUGGAAGUUCUGCUGGGUCAUCACCACUCCUGCCAUCUGUGUCGUAAGUAUCGGUCGCUGGUACAGGUAACCCGCGCUGCAAACGCUAUCAACUAGCUUAAGAUACGUGGUGACGCGUGAAUGGGACUUUGAGUGAGCGAGUUUUCAGGAAUAAAGGCACGUUGGCUGAAUCGACGGAAAGGAGAGGUACAUUUGCAUUAUAUGCGGGAAAAGGGGAAGCAUGCUUUGAAGGGUCUAUUUUAGGUCAGCCUGCAACCAUGAAGAAGCAACAAAGAUGAUGAUUUCCUGACCCGCUCAAUGAACCGAUGGCCUUAACUGGUAGCGUACAAAGGACGGGCUAGCGACGCAACAUGUGCUGGCUGGCAAUAGAACCAACGCCAGUAUUAUGAGAAUUUGUACUUAAUGUACUCGAAUAAACAACC